CAUGUCAUUAGUUGUCCUUAACUUGCCCUAGCUGCAUCAUCUUCCUCCUCUCCUCCGCCAUUGCCGCUUGCUUCACUCCCCCGCAACUCUCCUCCUACGCCACUCAACGCAUCCGAAGCCCGCGCCAUUACAUAGCUGCGCGCGAGCUCGCCCCGAUCUUGGUGCAUCUCACAGCGCGGCGGACACGAUGGAGCCCGUGACGGCGGCGUCGGCGGCGGCGGCGGCGAGCGAGGAGCAGGUGACGCGGCGCGUGGCGAGCCGGAUCAUCCGGGCGCUGCAGCACCAGCUGCGGCUGCUGCACCGCGCGGGGCCCGAGUUCUUCGUGCUGGGCGCGACGGGGAACGUGUACACGGUGACGCUGGCGGCGGCGCCGGCGUGCACGUGCCCGGACCCGUCCGUGCCGUGCAAGCACAUCCUCUUCGUCCUCCUCCGCGUGCUCGGCCUCUCGCUCGACGAGGCCUGCGUGUGGCGGCAGUCGCUCCGCCCGUGCCAGGUGGCGCGGCUCGUCGCCGCGCCGACGUGCGCCGAGGCGGACGUCGUGGCGGGGCCCCGCGCGCGGGAGAGGUUCCACCAGCUGUGGUCGGCGAGGGCCGCCGCCAAGGCCGAGGAGAGCCGCCGCCGCCGACGACGCGACGACCAGGCCGCCGCAGCCGGCGCGUCGGGGAGGCUCGACGGCGCGGCCUGCCCGGUGUGCCUGGAGGAGAUGUCGCCGCCUGGGGCGGCGGCGGCGGCGGCGAUGCUGCUGACGUGCGCGAUGUGCCGGAACUCGGUGCACGGCGAGUGCUUCGCGCGGUGGAAGCGGAGCCGGGGGAGGCGGGCGGCGACGUGCGUGGUGUGCCGGGCGCGGUGGCGGCAGCCGAGCCGGGAGCAGGAGAAGGAGCCGUACAUCAACCUGUCCGCGUACAUGAACGACGCCGGCGGCGGCGACGUCAACAUGGUCGCCGCCGACGGCGACGACGGGGGACUGUGCGCCGGGUAGCUCAGUUCGGUGACGUCAGCUGACGUAAACGUGACACGGAUGUAAAUUAACGAAGUUGUACAUUGUAUAUAGUGCUAACAAUCUCAAUUCGUUGCGUUUCAUGACAUUUUUUUCGUUGUUUUUCGUAGAGGCUGACCUUGCUACUUCAGUUAUUCAUAUAAUCAUAUUCCUGUACAUAAUUGAUAUGUUAAUAAAAGGAACAUUUAUUUUAA